AUGAUGUCGCAGUCGCUCUCCACGUACUCGCUCGUGCAGUGCGUCGUCUCUGCCGCGCAGUUCACCUCUGGUGAGAUCAGCUUCUACGACACCUACGCCGAGCUGACCGCUGCCGAUGCAGACGGCAACAGUACGUCCCCACUGCGCGUGGUGUACGACGUGCUGGAGCACUUUCGUAUUGUGCGGGCGCAAGGGGUGAUGCGGCUGACGCUGCCGCGCGGAGUCGUGCGACGAUGGGCCGCGCAGAACACAUUUGAGACGCAGUUGGACGAGUACGAGGGCGAGCAGACGGGCGUGGACGACGGCAACGGGGCCGAGGCAGGCGCCGUCUCUGGUCAGAUGACGACCUCGACAGUCGUGCUGCUUCUGCAGCUGGGCGUCGAGGACAUGGCCGCUUUUAUGCGGUCUAUCGCGCCUCUCAUCGCGGCCAGCCGGCGCACCAGAUCCGUGUCGCGCAUCUCCGUGACGGAGCCGCUGCCGGUGUACGGGGUGCCGCUGGUGGACCCCGCGGCGAGCGUGCCAACGGAUGCGGCAACCUCGCCCCGGGCGGUGUCAACCUCAUCGGCGAGCUCUCAAGAGGAGGUGGCAGAGAUCGAUUCGGCGGGCGGUGAGAAUAGUGCGGCGCCAGUGUGCGGCCGCCGGCACCAUCGACGCCAGUGGCAGAGGCGAGGCGAGAGGGACACGGCUCACUGCACACCGUCUUGCACUGGUGGCGGCGGUGUUGAGGAGAGACGAGGAUGCGCGUCUGCCAAGCACUCUGAAGCGCGACGCACCACCGCGGCUGCCAGGGAUGCCGCGCUUUGCUCACCAGAAACGGUAGCCGAGCUACUGGGUGACGACAGCGACGACAGUCCAGCAGGGGUAGCUGAGGCAGAGGUGCACGGUGAUGCUGUGCAAACCCCCUCCGGUAGUCCUGCGUCACCAGCAGGUGGCGAGGAGGAAGGAGGGGGCACCGCGAACCAAACCCCUCGUGUGGCCGGUGCGCUCGCCAUCACCGCCACCGCCACCACAGGGGCUGCAGCGCAGGUCGAUCGACGGCUUUCAUCACCGAAGCACCGGCAAUCACAACAGGCGACCCCAUCGCGGCUCGCCAACACGCUGGAGGGCGUGGCAGAAGAACUGGCAGAGUUGAUGGAGGAGGCAGAGCAACAUGACCACUGCCUCGGCGGCCGCGGCGGACCUCUCCAUCGCCGUCGACUGACCGUAGCGGCGGUCAUGACAGCGGUGCGGCCCGUGGGUCAGCAGCAGGCGUCUCGAUGUACGCAUCGACAGCCGCUGCCCAUCGUCGCCUUGUCUGCGGCCCCUUCGGUGUGCCCGUCAUUGAAGUCCACCAUAUCAGAGGCGCAUGUGUUGAGCUGCCCGCAUCGGCAACAGAGCCCCUCCGCAGCUGCGGUGAAGCUGCAGUGCGAGGUGAAUGGGGUGCACGCUGCGGCUGCAGCAUACGGCGGCCCUGUGGUGGAGAAUCGGCGAUCAACUCAGCGGCCGAUGGGCAUGGCAGCUCACGUGCAAGGGCGGUGCUCGGCUCGAGUCGUCCGCAACGGCGGCGGCGGCGCGCACCUAUGUGCUUCCGAAGUCACCUUCACGGCUGCGGCCGAGCUGCCGCGACUCGCGACACAUGACGCGUGCGAUGACCGCGCAGCAACACAGGAGGGGCAUGCGAUGCCGUCACCAGAACCGGAAGAGACGCGCGACGACGUCAGUAAAGCGGCGGCCGCCUCUGGUUCUGCUAUCUGCGAUGUCCGCGGGGUGAGGCAUGCUGGUGAUGGCUGGGCCGGGCCUGAGACCCAGUGGGCAGCUCUGUGCGCAAGCACGGCCACCCACGUCUUUUCGAAUGCUGGCAAGGAGGGAUGCAGAGGCGAUGCCUGCACCGCGCCGGCGGCCACGCCCACCCGGAAGUCCUCACGCUCCUCUAGCGCUGCGUCGUCGGUCAAGCUUGGAGACAUGCUGGCGGUUCCAAGCGCCGUCCACGAGCCGGGUAGUGCUGCAGAGGGCGUCAUUGAACCGUCGCGGCGUACUGUGCAGUUCCGUGUUGACGGUGCGGAUGCGCUGCUGCUCAAGCCGUCGCUACCGUACGCACGCAACAGCGGCGCGGCUGACGUGGUAGCGUACUUGCGAGAGUUGUUCCCCGUAGAGGACACCGUGCCGAAACCGAUGCGGCAGCGCCGAAAAGUGCAAACAGCCCCCGCUGCGGGUUCUGUGAGAGGACUCUCCGCAUUUCAGCGGUGUAGACGCGCACCGGCUCGGAGCGCUGUCACCCACACUGCCUCCGCCACGGGUGCUGUUGCUUCUAACCUCGUCUUCACUGGCGCAGCCGACAAGGCAGCGGACGGCGCGACAGCGCCUCCGCUGCCCGUCAAGGCGGCCCCAUCACCACCGCUGUCGUUACCGACAAAGUUGAGUGACAAGAUCGGCGCUGCCGCAGCCACGCGCGCGACCACCUCAAGGCGACGUCGCUCCUCGACUGUAGGCGCUCUGGGGACUGCGAAGAAGAGGGCCAAGGUGAGCACUGCCACUGCCGCAGACCCCUCAGACAACAGUAUGGAUGCUGCAGAGGACGCAGAGAAAAACACGGAAGCUACAGCGGGUGGUGGUGCUUGUGGAAAUGGCGCUACGGCGUGUCUCACGACGCCACCGCAUCCGGGGGCGUGCUCUACUGUCUCGGUGCCGCGGCGUGUCACCGUCUCCGUCCGUGACGCAGAUGCGCUGGGGCUUGUUCAAGCGCCGCUGCCUCUGCGCAGUGCCGCCUCGGCUGCAAAGCCGAGCGCGGUGAUGACCGCGUUCGCGGCCGCCGCGGAGGGGGAGGCGGCUGCCUACGCAGCCGUGGAAGAGGGGGCUGCUGCUGCGGCAUUGGCCGGCGAUGCGGCCAAGGUGACUGGGGGUCUCAUCAGGGGCCCUAGCACGGAGGCUGGCAGUCGUGAAGUGCCACGCGAUGCGGAGCACCGCCGGGGCACUCAGCUGCCGCCGUCCCAGCUUGUCGUGCACGAGGUGGCGCCGCCGGCUGAAUGCGCGGACGGCACUUCGCGCCACUACACCGCAGGAGUGGCAGCAGACCAUUGCGACAAGAAUGGCGGCCGCUCCAGUAUCAGUAUCAGUAGCAGCCAGGCCACGUGCCCACUACUCUACUGCCGUGAGUCCCGCAAGGAGCGCAGUCGGCGUGUGCUACGCUACAUGAAUCUUAUCUCGCAGAGCAUCGCCGCCGUGCACGAGACGCACGACGCGCUGCGCGGGCUACUCCUUCUCAUGAUGGAGCAAGAUCAGCUCUAG